AUGCUCACAGAAAUGGAUUCCUUCAAGAGCAAGUUCGUGAAGGGCCAAAUCUUGGAUGGUCGCUUCCGAACAGUUGCUCCACUGAACCACGGGUCGUUCGGGUUUGUUUACCUUUGCAAAGACACUCAAACUGACCAGGAUGUUGCCAUCAAGUGUCUGGCAAAGAGUGCCUCUUCUGAUUCUUCGGAACCUUUCCCCAUGGACGAUCGCUUUGAGGAGCUGGAGUGUCAUCGUCUCUUUGGCUACCACCCCAACUUGGUCAACUUGGUCCAUUCCUUCGAAACUGAAUCGCACAUGUACUUGGUCUUGGAGUACUGCCCCAAUGGUGACCUUUACGAAGCCAUUCGUGUAGGCCGUGGUCCCUUGGAGACUGAGCAUGUGCGUGACUUCAUGCUGCAGUUUGUCGAUGCGAUUGCCUUUAUGCACAGCAAGGGUCUCUACCAUCGAGAUAUCAAGCCUGAGAACAUCUUCCUCAUGGCUGAUGGAUCCAUGAAGCUUGGUGACUUUGGUCUUGCGACCCGAGACUCCUGGUCUUAUGAGUCCUCUGUGGGUAGCGACCGCUAUAUGGCCCCUGAGCAGUACGAUCCGUCCAGCUCGGGCUACUCUCCUGCUCAGGCUGACAUCUGGUCUGUGGGAAUUUGUCUGUUGAAUAUUUUGUUCCAGCGCAACCCCUUCUCGACCCCUACGGUUACCGACGUGCUAUUCUUGGACUAUGUUCGCGACCAUCAGUCAUUGUUCGACGUCUUUCCCAACAUGUCUCAGGACACCUACGAGAUCCUGGUCCACUCGUUAGCCUUGGAUCCGGAGAAGCGCUCUUUGUCAAAGCUGCGAGAGGCCAUCGUCCGUGCGGUUUCGUUCACCACCGACGAUGAGACUUUGGAUGAGUUCUGCACCGAGGAUCGUUAUGAGAUUGUCACCGCCAGUGCCAACCGCGAGCCCCUGCGCACUCCGUCCAUCCAGACCCCUCAUGUCAACCAUAGUGACUCAUUCCCCUGGGCCAAGCUUUUGCACUCGAGUCCCCAGCAAGCUACUCGUCAGCUCUCUGCCAUUCCCGACAACGAGAGCUACACUGAGGAUCUUUUCCCUGCAUCCGAGGCCGCGGGCACUUCAUGGUUCUCUACCCGUGAUACAACAUCGCUGGCCUCUGUCAUCGGCUCUGCUAUGAGCGAGUCAUUUAGCUCGCUUCACAUUCCCCAGCAGAAGCGCCCUACUCUUGCUCGUUCUGACCCAGUUCCCAUCACCGGAUCCCUCCCCAGCCAUGUGACCAAGCCUUUGCCGUCUUUGGCCAUGGUCUUUGGCAAGAAGAAUUCCGAAGAUCAGAUCUCCAAGAGCUGGAGUGAUCUUUGGGAUGAGGAGGAGUCAGAGAACGAAGAUCAUGUCUUCCAGCAGCGCCGUGAGCAGAACUCUCGCAGCUGGAGCCAUGAAAGCCAGGAUACCCGCCAGCCGGAUAACCUGUCAGGACUGCGCGAGCUGGACUCCGCCGUUCCCAUUGACCAACCCCACACCCCACUCCCUCCAUCGAGUGCCCCCCACGCUAUCCGAGCCAACUCCCUUGAGGUCGGCAGCGAUGCUGGCACUUCGAGCAGCACACCUCGUCCCAUCCCCCGCCAAUUGUCGCCUAAGAAGUCCAAUCUCGACAAGUGGUCUGAGUUGGGUGACAAGCGCCGCAACUGCAAGACUCGUGAGCCUUUCGAUCCUCAGCGUGCCACAAAUAAUUGGCGACGUGACUGGGGCCUUGGUUCUUCUGGUUUUGACCAUGCUGCCAGACCUAAGCGUGAGUCACCUCAGCCCGAUCGCCGUCGCCAACUUUUCCUCGCAAAGGACUGGCGCCGUGACGAUGCGCAUGCUCCCAAGGGAUCGCCCCGCAAGAUCACCUCUUACGAUGGCAGCCUCGAUGAAGACCUUGAUCUAGUGGGCGGGUGGCAUGACCUACAUCUGUAG